AUGUAAAAUUACAUGAUUGAGCUCCUGUUUUUAAUAUUUGUUCCAUUGUGCGCAGCCCCUAAGGCCUUAUGUUUCAAAAUGCUCUUUCCGAAAAAAAUUUACUCGAUAUAAUACAGUAUACGUUACGUGUACUAUAUGUUUUGAAUAACUUUCUUCGGAAAGAACGUUUUGAAAUAUUGCCUAAGUAAAAUGGUGGCUAAAUGAAAAGAAGAAAAGAAAAAGUUCUCCAGUUUUUUAAAAUUGUGUCUGCCCUAUACUGAACUACGAUCAGAAAAAAGGAUUAAAGAAAUCACGAUUUGUAGUAUGUAAUUAAACUAAAUACCGUUGUUGGUGGCUGCUAAGGAUGCACAAUUAAUGAAAUUGAUUAGGAUUGGGUUAGCCAAUACAUGGUGGAUAAGUUUAAUACCAAAUCUUCACUUUCAUUUGAUUAAGCAAAAGGGAAAGCAGAUUAAAUCAUUGCAAAAAUAUAAGUUAUUUGAGAUCAUUAUCGAUUAUUCGGAUGGAAAAGUUGAUUGAUUAUUUUCGAUUAGCCAGUCGCAAAUUAUUUCAAGAAUUAAUAUUUGUAACAGUGACGAUAAGACGGUGAUUAUGGUAAAUGCAAGUAGUGUCGUAGCACAUUUUGUGAAAUUGCUAGUGACUGCAAUAUGCAUGAGGCAUAUCACGGAGCCUUACCGGGCAAUGGCUUUGCCGACUACAUGGUCCUUACGUGCCUUUCGAAUUCUCUUUAUGCAUUCAAUCUUGGGAAUUUUCAGAUUUGGAUUUCCAUUUACUUCAUCGUCAACACCUACAGCGAAAUGCUUCCGAAGUUUCUAUGAUUGGUUUUCCAAUGUCAUUGAAAUUGUUCCUUUGGCAUUACUGACUUCUGGUAUAUUAAGCGCAUAUCAGGUAGAUGAAAAGAUUCGUAUGCUAUUAUUAUUUUUUGGUAUAGUACCGGUAUUUUUUCCAUUAUCGAUGAAACAGAAAGAAGGUCAAAUUAGAAAAUUACGUUUUUUGACUAAUAUUACUGUCGUGCUGCAGAUUUUAGCGAUAACGAUACUUGGCUUGAAAAAUGGCAAUUAUAAUGUUAUUAGUUUGGUUGCUUCCUAUACUUUUGAACGUUUCUUUGUGGAAGAAUUUUGUUAUCGGUAUAAUAUACCAUAUACUGAUUUGAUGCAAUAUUGCAUAUGUUUUGUCGAAGUCUUUACAGUGUCAACGCUAAAAGAGUUAUAAAAAAUGUAAAACUUCAACUUUACUUACUAUGCAUCUGCUAUUCUAUUUCUGGUAAUUGCUAUUCAAAAUUCAGUAAAUUGUUUUAUUAUAUUGAGUACAAAGAAUGUCAAUUCUCAAAAUAAUAUAAAGAAAUCUACUGUUAAUUAUAAUACUGCUCUACAAAUCUACACUGUUAAUUAUAAUACUGCUCUUCUAACAAUUGUUCGAUAAUAAUGACGGGAUAUGUAAUAA